CCCACCCUCCGCGGCAUGGGCGAGGACCCCAGCCUGGCCGCCAAGGCCGCCCUGGCUGCCAGCGCUUUCUCGCCCUCGGCGGGGUCCUGCUCGGGGGUCCGCGGCGCCGGGGCGCUCCGGCUGGAAGCGGUGAUGGAGAACCUGCAACGGGCGCAGGCGGCGCGGCUGGAGGAGAAGCUCCGGCGGGCGCAGGGGGCUCAACCCGGCGGCCCCCCGGCGGCCCCGCUGCGCCCCUUCUGCGGGGGGCUGCCCACGGCCCGCGGCCCGCCGCCCACCCGCCGCCAGAAGGAGGAGGAGGAGGAGGAGGACGGGCUGGACCAGGAGGAAGAGGAGGAGGAGGAGGAAGAAGAGGAGGAGGAAGAGGAGGAAGGAGCCGUCGGGUCCCGGCCCCGCCACGCGCAACGCCCGGUCGCCCACGCCGGCUUGACUUCUCCGCCUCCCCCGCCGCCUCCCCCGCCGCCCCACGAGUGGACCUACGAGGAGCAGUUCAAGCAGCUCUACGAGUUGGACGGAGACCCCAAGCGGAAGGAAUUUCUGGACGAUCUCUUUAGCUUCAUGCAGAAGAGAGGUGAGGACCCCCGUCACCGGAUCCCCAUCAUGGCCAAACAGGUGCUGGAUCUCUACUCGCUCUAUCGGCUGGUGACCGAGAAAGGAGGCCUGGUGGAGGUGAUCAACAAGAAGAUCUGGCGGGAGAUCACCAAAGGCUUGAACCUGCCCACCUCCAUCACCAGCGCGGCUUUCACGCUCCGCACACAGUACAUGAAGUACCUCUACCCUUACGAAUGCGACAAGCGGGGCCUGAGCUCUCCCGGCGAGCUGCAAGCCGCCAUCGACAGCAACCGGCGGGAAGGGAGGCGGCAGAUGUUCGGGGCCACCCUGUUCAGCUACUCGCCCACGGGCACGCCGGCCACCCUCGCUUCCCCCAAGAUCCCUCUGCCCUCCCUCACCAUCGCCACCCACAACGGGAGCCAGAUCGGACAAGUCCGCGCCGUCAAAAAUGAAGAGAGCCUCCUGUCAUCUGGGGUGCCCAGCCGCAUCGCCAUACCUGUCAGCCUAGCCGGGCAUCACCUGGUGGCAGCACAAGCCGCUGCGUCUCAGGCGGCCGCCCUGGAGCAGUUGCGGGAGAAGCUGGAGACCAGCGAGCCCCCGGAGAAGAAGAUGGCGCUGGUGGCCGAAGAGCAGCAGCGCCUGGUCCAGCAGGCUCUUCAGCAGAACCUUUUGGCCAUGGCCUCCCAGUUCCCGGUCAACAUCAAGGUCAACAGCCGUGGAGAUGACAGACAGGAGACGGCAUUGAAUCUGUCCACCAACGGCAUUAGCAGCAUCAACAUGUCGAUAGAAAUAAACGGUGUUGUCUACACAGGUGUGUUGUUUGCCAGACGAUCGGGCCUCCUGGGCGCUGCGGGAGGCACCCACAGCCACGUCACCGCAGGGAUGCCACCGAGCCCGCUGUUCUCCGCCACAUCUCGGGGACGUGCUCCGGCCAGCAGCUCGCCCUGAGAGGAGAAGCCCUGCAACCUGUCCUCCCACCCCUCGGACAAUGGCCUCCACUCUGCCAUCCUGCGUGGGGACCUCGUAGGGGCACCUGCGUUCUUGGUUCAGGGUGGCAAGGGGUGAGGCCCCCAGCCCUGGAGGGGUUUGGAGAGGGACUUCGGGGCAGGGCGAAGGAUGAAGAGACACUGGGGCACUGAGGAGGACAUAGGCUUGAGAAGGAGGUGGUAGAGGGAGCUGAUUAUUCAGUGGAAUAGUGUGGCUCCAGAGGUUAUAGGUGCUCCGUCCCUGGAGGUUUUGAAGAAGAGAUUGGACAACCAUUUGUCUGAAAUGGUAGAGGGUCUCCUGCUCAAUCAGACCAGAAGACCUCCAAGGUCCCUUCCAACUCUGGUUUACUAUUAAUCAGUGGAACGACUUGCCUCCAGAAGUUGUGGGUGCUCCAAGAUUGAGCAAUUUUGUUAUUUUGGAGCCAUGGUGGACUAGGGAACCAUGGUUACGUCUCCUUCACCUGCAUUGAUUUCCUUGGUUGUGGUUAGAUGUUGGGCACCACUUGGGUUCUUCCGAGGACUUGAUGGCGGUUAGGAGUCUUCAACUGGAACAAGGUUCCAUCUUCUUCCUUGCCUUCUCCGCCAUUCCCUGCCCAGGCAUAGGUCCAUGCUGGUAACACGCUUCCUCCAUUUCCCGCUCUUCACCACUACAGAAUCCCACUCCAAUUCUGAGUUUGUACGGUCACCAAUUCUUUGCACACUCACCCAGGGUCUAUGGCUCAGCCCAACGGUGGUUUGCUGUGGUUGCCAGUCCCAACCGAAUCAAAGAUCUUGGGGAAGGUACAGCUGUGUGAGUGUGAUAGUGGGGCGAUUAAAUCUCAUGGAGCGUUAGUUCUAGUGACAGCUGCAUGGAACUCCUAUCCAAGGCAUCUUGGAUAGAACCAACAUGGGUGGAAAAAUUGUUAGAUGAUCAGCAGGACAGAUGAAUGUCAGGCUUCUGGGAUGGACCAAGGCAAGGAGGAAGCUUGUUAAAGAGAGAUCCAACCUAAUAGGGAGAAACUUCCUGACGGCGAGAACAAUUAAUCAAUGGAAUGACUUGCUCCUCAAGGAUUGUGGGUGCUCCAUCACUGGAGGUCUUGAAAACCCUCCAGAAAGCCCAACCCAAACCCAACAGAUUGGACCACCAUUUGACCAGAAUGGUAUGAGGUCCCGUGCCUUGAGCAGAAAGUUGGGACUAGAAGACCUCCAAGGUCCUGUCCAGCCUACGACUCUGAGAAGGUGGAAGGUUUGAGGUGAAGGUUGGACAACCGUUUGCCUGAAAGGGCAUAGGGUUUCCUGCUUUGAGCAGGGGGUUGGACUGGAAGACCUCCAUGGUCCCUUCCAACUCUCUCGUUCUGUUCUUCUGUUAAGGUAGGGAGACUUUCGCGAGUGGGACAGGCCAGUUGAGAGGAUCGGGGUGUGGAGAGCAGGUCUGAGGGUUGAUUGCACUUGCCCCCAUCAAAACCGCCUUCGCCUGUCUCAGAGCUGCAGUGAGGACACCCGGUGGCUCCAUAACUUCCAUUCUCACCCUUGCUCCAACCCAACCCUCUCUUCCUUCCCACCUUCCUCCCUUCCCACGUUGCCUCCUACGGACACAACCAAACCACCCAUUUCUCGGGUUGCACUUUCAUGACAUUGCUUUGAGGGAAUGGGUUGGGGGGGGGAAACGGGGGACAACCCUUGCGGUGUUGGGACAGCCCAUGGGUUGGGGGCGGGAAGCG